AUGAAUACAACAAACGUAACAGCUACUAAUUACGUCAUUUAUCCUAUCAAAUCAUGGUGGACAUAUUUGAUGACAACUAUGUCUUACUUGGUCGUGAUUCUAAAUUCUCUCACUAUGCAUAUUAUUGCAAGAAGAGGUUUUACACAACACAGAACAUGCAAAAUGUGUUUUUGUUUUCUAAUCAUCUCCCAUCUUGUUGUGGGCGUGUCAGGAUCGAUCGCUUUUACUGGAGAAUUGUUCACUAACAGUAACGCGCAUAACCGCGUCAACUUGUAUGAAGACAUCGUCGUGUCGCUCUAUCAUGCGUCAUAUACUGCUACCUUUUCAGGGAUUGUAUUAGUCACACUGGACAGGCUAAUAGCUAUCAAAGUUCCAUUCUUUUAUGCAACGUUGACAAGAAAAUUUGUUUUGGUUUGCAUCGCUGGUGGCUUGUUACUACCCCUAGCAGUAUUUUUAUUGUUGAUAACAACACCUGAUGCAACUGCCUACAUCAUAUUUAUGGGUGCCAUCUUUCUUUCCUCGUUAGUAUUAGGAAUUUCAAACAUGAUGGUUUAUAUGGAACUCAAGAGUCAUUUAAAAGCAAUUUUAAAAACUAUGGUUUCGAACUCAGAUAAAGAACGAAGAAACAAUGAGAAAACCAUGUACUCCAGACAACUACAAGCAGCUCGCGUUAGUUUGUUUAUUGUUAUUUCUUUUAUUUUGUUUUGGUUGCCAACUGGAAUCGGUGCUGCUGGUCGAUUUCUACAAGGAAAACACUCAACAUUUUCCCAAAAUUCUUUAGUAUAUCGACUCGCUUUAGGCGCAUUUACAUAUGGGAACUCUCUAUCAGAUCCGAUCAUGUACGUAUUAAUGAACAAGGAGAUGAAGAAAGAAUUAUUUUACAUGUUACGUAAGGUUAGGAAAGGUACAGUGCAACGGGAAGACGUUACUAUGACUACCAUGGAACACUUUACGUCCAAUUAG